AUGUCCAUGGCAGUCAGACCUGUGUUUGGCGUGUUCACUACAGUACUGCAAGGCUACAGCAAACGUUUCUUAGGACUCUGUCUUAUGGUGUUGUCAACCAUUCGAGAGGAUAUACGGGAUUUAAGUCACAACAAAUUAUCUUCAAUCAAGACCAGUCUCUUGGAUCACCUUCAUAGUCUUCAGGAAGUGAAGUUGAACAACAAUGAACUUGAGAUCAUUCCAGAUCUGGGACCAGUCUCUGCGAAUAUAACUCUUCUGUCUUUGACCAGUAACAAGAUUGCCAACAUCUUGUCUGAACAUCUGAAGCCAUUUCAGAGUCUAGAAACUUUGGACUUGAGCAACAACAAUAUAUCAGAGCUAAAAGUAUCAUCGUUUCCAUCAUUACAGCUCAAGUAUCUGUACAUUAACAGUAACCGAAUAACCUCCAUGGAGCCUGGUACCUUUGACAAUUUGUCUACCACACUUCAAGUAUUGAAACUGAACAGGAACAAAAUUUCAGCAAUCCCUCAAAAGAUGUUUAAACUCUCACAUCUGCAGCACCUGGAGCUGAAUCGCAACAAAAUAAAAAAAAUAGAUGGGCUUACUUUCCAAGGACUUCCAGCUUUGAAAUCAUUAAAACUGCAGAGAAAUGGCGUUACCAGGCUCAUGGAUGGUGCUUUCUGGGGAUUGACCAACAUGGAAGUCUUGCAGCUGGACCAUAACAACUUAACAGAGGUAACCAAAGGCUGGCUUUAUGGCUUGCUGAUGCUGCAGCAACUCCAUCUCAGCCAAAAUGCCAUCAGCAGGAUCAGUCCUGAUGCCUGGGAAUUUUGCCAAAAACUCAGUGAGCUAGACUUGACAUUCAAUCACUUAGCAAGGUUAGAUGAUUCAAGCUUCCUUGGUUUAAGUGUGCUGGUUGGACUGUACAUUGGAAACAACAAAGUAAAUUACAUUGCUGAUUGCGCCUUCCGGGGACUUUCCAGUCUACAGACUUUGGAUCUGAAAAACAAUGAAAUAUCAUGGACUAUUGAAGACAUGAACGGUGCCUUCUCUGGCCUAGAUAAACUUAGGAAACUGAUACUCCAAGGAAACAGGAUUAGAUCCAUUACAAAGAAAGCAUUUUCUGGUUUGGAUGCACUUGAACACCUAGAUCUAAGUAACAAUGCAAUUAUGUCAGUUCAAGGAAAUGCAUUUUCACAAAUGAAGAAACUCAAAGAAUUGCACUUAAACACGUCGAGUCUCUUGUGUGACUGCCAGUUAAAAUGGCUACCACAGUGGAUGUCAGAGAACAACUUUCAGAGCUUUGUAAAUGCCAGUUGCGCCCAUCCUCAGCUGCUAAAAGGGAGAAGUAUUUUUGCUGUCAGCCUGGAUGGGUUUGUCUGUGAUGAUUUUCCUAAGCCACAGAUCACUGUCCAGCCAGAAACCCAGUCAGCAAUCAAAGGCUCCAAUUUGAGUUUUGUAUGCUCAGCAGCCAGCAGCAGUGAUUCCCCAAUGACUUUUGCAUGGAAGAAAGACAAUGAAUUACUGCAAGAUGCUGAAAUGGAGAAUUAUGCACACCUCCGGGCGCAAGGUGGUGAAGUGAUGGAGUACACUACCAUCCUUCGACUGCGUAAUGUUGAAUUCAGUAAUGAAGGGAAAUACCAGUGUGUUAUUUCAAAUCAUUUUGGCUCAUCCUACUCUGUCAAAGCCAAACUCACAGUAAACAUGCUACCUUCGUUUACAAAGAUCCCCAUGGACUUAACCAUUCGUGCUGGGGCAAUGGCACGUUUGGAAUGUGCUGCAGUUGGGCAUCCUGUCCCACAGAUUGCUUGGCAGAAAGAUGGUGGAACAGAUUUUCCUGCAGCACGCAAGAGGCGCAUGCAUGUCAUGCCUGAAGAUGAUGUAUUCUUUAUUGUCGAUGUAAAGAUCGAGGACACAGGCGUUUAUAGCUGUACAGCUCAAAACACUGCUGGAAGUAUUUCGGCUAACGCAACGUUAACAGUACUAGAAACACCAUCAUUUUUGCGGCCUUUGCUGGAUCGAACUGUAACAAAAGGUGAAACUGCAGUCUUGCAGUGUAUUGCUGGUGGUAGCCCUCCACCCCGACUGAACUGGACUAAGGAUGACAGCCCUCUCCUGGUAACGGAAAGACAUUUCUUUGCUGCAGGCAAUCAGUUACUAAUUAUUGUGGAUACAGAUGUAGAAGAUGCGGGGAAAUACACUUGUGAAAUGUCUAAUACGCUUGGAACGGAACGAGGCAACAUCCGUCUUAAUGUAAUUCCUACUCCCACCUGUGAUUCUCCUCAAAACAUUGCCCCAUCGCUUGAUGAUGACGGAUGGGCCACGGUUGGCAUUGUGAUCAUAGCUGUGGUUUGCUGUGUGGUGGGCACUUCCUUGGUGUGGGUGGUCAUCAUCUACCACACCCGAAGGAGAAAUGAAGAUUGCAGCAUCACAAAUACAGAUGAAACAAAUUUGCCUGCUGACAUUCCAAGUUACCUGUCAUCCCAGGGGACACUGGCUGAAAGGCAAGAUGGAUAUGGUUCGUCUGAAAAUGGCAGUCAUCAUCAGUUCCUCACAUCUUCCAUGGGAGGGUAUUUCUUGCAGCACAGAGACAGUAAUGGCAUUUGCCAUCUUGAUAACGGCAGUGAGACAGACUUGGAGGGUGUUGCAGAUCCAUUCCUCUGCCACUAUCUGGGGACUUCAGGGACUUUGUAUUUAAAAGGAAACACGUAUGGCUCAGAGGCCUUUGAAGCAUACAGUGCAAGUUGCAGCCCUGACCAAAGAACAGCAUGCCUGGACCCUUAUGAGUCUGGAUAUUUAAAGAAAAAGGAAUGCUAUCAAUAUUCACCUCCACUGGAAGAUCCCUUUGACCAGUGUGUUGGCAUGAUCGGGGUGCCAGCUACAAGCAGCAAGUUGAUUAACUCCAUUUAUACUCAAAAUGAAGGAACUGGACUAAAAAGCAGAAGUCUGAACUUGGACACAUUUGAUUUAAACAGAAGUCUGGAACCCUCGUCUAUUAUCAGUAACAGCACUUUCAUGGGAACAUUUGGAAAGCCAUUAUGGAGGCCUCAACUGGACUCUCUUUCAAGUUGUAGACAGCCAGCAAAUUGCCAACCAAAAACCUCCUGUAAUAGUCCUCAUGCCUCACUGGACUUCGAUGCAGAGGCAGACGAAGAUGGAAAGGAAAGGACAGUUUGUAGAGGAGCAAAUAGCGUUUAUACUUACAAACAGUCCUUUGAAAACUUUAGGACUUCUGCUUUCCAGUCCUGUGAUUUGGAUACAUAGCUCCUUUUGGACCUGCCUUUGAUUUCUGGAACCAAAGAAAUACUUUGACAUACAUACUACUACCUCAGUGUGGAAUUUUAUUUAAAAAGGAAGUAAGGAAAGGAAGAAGGGAAGAAAGCAACGACGUGAUGCUAUGAAUUCAGAACGAAUAAAUGCAUUUUUAUUCAAAUAAAGCAUAAUUGCCAAAAUGCUCUACGUUUUUAUACAGAGAAAACAUUCCUUAUAAAAAUACUAUAUUUCUAAUUAUUUUAUAGCUUUGUUUUAUGCAAAUAAUAUCUUUUGUAAAUUAAUGGUGUAAAUAAUACAGCAUAUGUAUUUCUAUGUCAGACUUCAUUUUAUUGAAAUGAGUAGUAAGCAUUCUAAUUUUGUACUGUUACUUGUACUUUUUUACAAAUGGAAACUCCAUGCUGUUUGCAGGUAUCAUGCAUCUUAUUUGCACAUUACUUGUAAUAAAAUAUGCUGCCGUGUGGUCUCUGACCCACAUUA